GGUGGCUGCUUCCGGCGCGGGGGUGGUGGCGGGGCCGGGAGUGUUAGAGCGGGGCUGGGGGCGCGCGGGGCCGGUGGACGCGCAGCGGAACUGCCAUGAACUUCCUGCGGGGCGUCAUGGGGGGGCCCAGCGCCGGGCCGCAGCCCUCUGGCGCCGAUACGAUCCAGAAGCUGUGCGACCGGGUGGCCUCCUCCACGCUCCUAGAUGACCGCCGGGACGCCGUGCGCGCCCUGAAGGCGCUGUCAAAGAAGUACCGGCUGGAGGUGGGCAUCCAAGCCAUGGAGCACCUGGUACACGUCCUGCAGACUGACCGUUCAGAUUCUGAAAUAAUUGGCUAUGCCUUGGACACGCUGUACAACGUCAUAUCGAAUGACCUAGAAGAGGAGGAACAAGAUGAUUCUGAAGAGGAGAACUCACCAAAACAAGGUGAUGACCUGGGGAGUCAGUUCACAGAGAUCUUCAUUAAGCAGCCAGAGAAUGUCACACUGCUGCUGACACUUGUGGAGGAGUUUGAUUUCCAUGUCCGUUGGCCCGGAGUGAAGCUCCUCACCUCUCUCUUAAAGCAGCAAGGGCCUCAGGUACAGCAGAUCAUCCUCGUCAGCCCCAUGGGUGUGUCCAGACUGAUGGAUUUGCUAGCAGACUCCAGGGAGGUUAUACGCAAUGAUGGAGUCUUGUUGUUACAGCAGCUGACAAAAAGCAAUGCAGCCAUACAGAAGAUUGUUGCCUUUGAAAACGCCUUUGAGAGACUUCUGGAUAUCGUAACGGAAGAAGGAAACAGUGAUGGAGGAAUAGUGGUGGAAGACUGUCUCCUCCUCCUACAAAACUUGCUGAAGAAUAACAAUUCCAAUCAGAAUUUCUUUAAAGAAGGUUCCUACAUUCAGCGCAUGAAGCCGUGGUUUGAAGUUGGGGAUGACAACUGUGGUUGGUCUGCACAGAAAGUAACAAAUCUCCAUCUCAUGCUGCAGCUCGUCCGGGUGCUUGUGUCCCCCACGAACCCCCCAGGUGCUACCACCAGCUGCCAGAAGGCCAUGUUUCACUGUGGGUUGCUACAGCAGCUCUGUACCAUCCUGAUGGCAACCGGAGUUCCUGCUGAUAUCCUGACAGAGACCAUUAACACUGUGUCAGAGGUCAUCCGAGGGUGCCAGAUGAACCAGGACUACUUUGCUUCUGUGAAUGCACCUUCAAACCCACCAAGGCCCGCCAUCGUGGUGCUGCUGAUGUCCAUGGUGAACGAGAGGCAGCCCUUUGUGCUCCGCUGUGCUGUGCUCUAUUGCUUCCAGUGCUUUUUGUACAAAAACCACAAAGGACAAGGGGAAAUUGUCUCAACACUUCUGCCAUCGACCAUUGACGCCACAGGGAGCUCUGUGUCAGCCGGGCAACUGCUCUGCGGGGGCCUCUUCUCCACGGACUCGCUUUCCAACUGGUGUGCUGCUGUGGCCCUGGCCCACGCACUGCAGGAGAAUGCCGCUCUGAAGGAGCAGCUCCUGCGGGUGCAGCUGGCGACGAGCAUCGGCAACCCACCCGUGUCGCUGCUGCAACAGUGCACCAACAUACUCUCACAGGGCGAUAAGAUCGACAGACGGGGCAGCAAAGUGCAGACCCGAGUCGGACUGCUGAUGCUGCUCUGCACAUGGCUAAGCAACUGCUCCAUUGCUGUCACGCACUUCCUGCACAACCCAGCCAACGUGCCCUUUCUGACAGGACAGAUCGCUGAGAACCUGGGAGAGGAGGAGCAGCUGGUGCAGGGCCUCUGUGCGCUGCUGCUUGGCAUCUCCAUCUACUACAACGACAACUCUCUGGAAAACUACAGGAAAGAGAAGCUGAAGCAGCUCAUUGAGAAGAGGAUUGGCCGGGAGAACUUCGUUGAGAAGCUCGGCUUCAUCAGCAAGCACGAGCUGUAUUCCAGAGCUGCACAGAAGCCACAGCCUGGCUUCUCCAGCCCCGAGCAAAUGAUGUUCGAUCAUGAAUUCACCAAGCUGGUGAAGGAACUGGAGGGUGUCAUAAGUAAAGCUAUCUACAAGUCCAGUGAAGAAGAUAAAAAAGAGGAGGAGGUCAAGAAGACCCUGGAGCAGCAUGACAACAUAGUGACCCACUACAAAAAGGUCAUCAGAGAACAGGAUCAGGAGCUUGAGGAGUUAAAACAACAAAUCAGCACAUUAAAAUCUCAAAACGAGCAGCUUCAGGUGACAGUCACGCAGCAAGUGUCGCAGAUCCAGCAGCAUAAGGAUCAAUACAACCUCCUUAAAGUGCAGCUAGGAAAGGACACACAGCACCACAAUUCCCACGGCGACACCCUGCAGGUGAAUGGCAUUCAGCUGGAAGAAGUGAGCAAACUGCGAGAGGAGCUGGAGGACUGGAGGAACAGGCAUGAGCAGCUGCAGGGGCAGCUGAAGGAGAAGGAUGCUGUGAUUGAGAACCUGAAGUCCUUGCAGCUGGAAAUGGGGACAGAACAAUCCUCACAGCCGAGCAGCUCUGGAGGCGUGGAACACAGUACUGAACUGCAAAAGGAAUUAGAGCUGCUCAGGACUCAGAUCCAAUUGCAGGCUGCGGAGAUCUCGAAGCUUCAGACUGAGAACCAGAAGCUACAAGCCAUGAACACAGCUGUAGAUCGCGUGUCAGGUGCCAGCGGUGCAUCGAAGAGCUCAGAGAAGGAGGGCCGGCUGCUGCAGGAGCUGGGGGAGCUGCAGAGUCAAGUCAAAGCCCUUUCAGAGGAAAAAGCGUCACUGCAGCAGCAGUUGGACUCCUCCAGCAGCACGGUGGCUAUCCUUCAGGAUGAGAAGAGCAAACUGCAGCAGGAGGUGGCUGAGGCCAAGAAGGAGCAGGAUGACCUGCUAGUGCUGCUCGCGGACCAGGACCAGAAGCUGUCUGCCCUCAGGAGCAAACUGAAGGACCUGGGAAUGCCGGUGGAGGAUGAAGAUGACAUUGAAUCUGGAGAUCAAGCAGAUGAAGAUGAGGAUGGGGAUGAAGAGGAGCAGGACUGACGUUCCGCUUCAGGUCAAAGGAAACACCUCCACAGUACCUCCAUGCUAAGGAAAUGUGCUCGCAAGUGUACAAGGGAUCUCCAGGAACAAACCCAAUAUUGCAGCAGGAGGCUGGAGCAGCAGCCACCAGACAGAGGCUGGAGGAGUGACCCAGCUCCCAGGAGCAGUGCCAUGAGUCUCCUCUGUGUCCUGCAGCACUGCUGUGUGCCACUUCUCCCCAUGGGUGCCACAGGUUUCAGAGUUGACCCAGGUCUGAAGAGCAUAAUUAACUGAAAUGAAGGGCUGUCAUCAGAUGAAGGUGCUCAGCUAUACCCAAGGUUUUUCCCAUGUCCCAGUAUUGGGUUGAGGGCACGUUUAGUGUAACUGUGUGCCUGGUGUCAUUACAGAAAUAUUCACCUUUGGGAAACAUAAUUGACCCUUUGGAGCUGAUGCACCAUGAAGGCGAAAUUAAGGAAAGGAACAAUGCAAUGGAAAUGUUUGGGCAACUUCCUUCUGGCACAGGUCACACUUCUGUGACCUAAAAGCGCUGUUCCCUAUAGCCCUGCAUAGAGCUGUGGGCCACUCACGUUAUUGAUAGAUACUUUGAUCCUGUUAUCUUUUUUCACCUACAUUGUGUGGGGACCUGUCCUGAUUGACACAGAGCGAGUACAGCACCUUAUUUCUAGGCAUAGGAGCUCUCAGGUGCUCCUUCCAUCCAUAAGGGAUCUGCAUUGUCAUUGAGAUGGACCUGGAUGAGCCAUACUCACUGAUUGGUGUCAGCAGUCACAGGAGUUGUCUGCAAAGCAGAGUCAGCAGUGACCUACAACAUCUGCUGAGGUUGAGCAGGAGUAGGACUCCAAACGAGCCCUUUCCCGCAGAAAGGUAAUGCCGAAGAAUCUGAGCUUUGGUUUUGGGACUCUGGUUUCCAGCAGCAGGAAUGGUGAAUGGUGUUGUCAAGUUGGUAACUCAACAUGGAUCCACAUGAGCUGAGUGCCUGCAGCCACUCCGAGCUUCCUCGGUCUCUCCCAUGGGGCUGAUGGACACCAGAGCAAUGUGGGCAGCACCUGAGCUCUGGUUGUGGGCAGAAGGGCUGCAGUCGGGACCCAGCUCUGGUGCACAGCAUCUCUGCUCAGGUCCCAGCAUGCCAGGGAUGCAGGGUGGCAGAGUGCUGCCAAAUAAAGGGUCUUAAGAGGAGCAGAGGGCACAGAGCUGGGGCUGAUGUGACACUGUCUGAGUGCAUCUACCCAUGGCUCAGUGCUGUUGAUGACAUUCCCAUUGCUAGCACAAAGGAGAGGAGGAGCAUUGAGGUCGGAUGGGACCAAGGUAACUUCUUACUCUCCUGGAACUGUACUGUGGAGUGGCCUUUUAGGAGCAGCCCCUGAGCUUGCAUGUCCCAACAGCAGUGCAGAACAUCAACCAUCCGUCAGUAAUUACAGCAACAGAGGGCUUGAGAUCAAAGGAUGUUUGGGAAUGAUGUGGCACAGCAAAUGUAUGGAAAUCAGAGGAUUUAUCUCUGCAUCUGUCUGUAAUGCUGACUGCUCUCCGGCUGUAACCUGCCCUGGGAAAGCAACUCUGCCUCAUUGCUGCUGGUUGCUGCUUCCAGGGUCUGUUCCAUCCUCCACCUGUCAAUAUUCUCCUAUCAGCUUCCAUCAUGGGUUUAUCUCGCAUUUUCUCAUUAGUUAAUCACUUUACCCAUGGUGCCAAGCUCUGGCUGCUGCCCAUGCACGUGCUCUCUGUGCCAUUGCUCCACAGGCUCUCUGUGGCAACGUCUCCUCUCUGCAUAUCCCGCCCUGGAGAGCACCACUCAUGGCCAAGAAGAUCUCUCCAAGCCCUAACUUGCACUGACUCUCCCCCUCAUUGGUCUGGUUCUUAGCAGCUUUGCAGCCUUGCUUUCAGUUCCACUUCAUCUGCACCAUGGCAAUAAGACACCUUUUAUCCCAUUGGCAUUGAUGACGUGGUUCUUGCCUACAAAGAAAGGGAGUACCCUCAGUGUUUGUUAGCCUUGAACACAGUAUGGGACAAAAUGCCGCUGAAGGAGCUUCUUCAGUGCUGAAUCCUUCUAUCCAUGGGAUCACGUCUUCCUGAUGCAGAACAAUGAAAGCAUCCUGUGGUGAAACACAGGGUUAUUGUUCAUGAAACUUGUGCUGUCCCAGAGCUUUAAUUAAUUAAGUGCUGAAACAUUUGCCUGACUUACAGCAUGUGAGCACUCUCCUUCCUGCCACAGCACCCACCAGUGCUCUUCUCCUAGUGUCAAGAAGCAUAAAGUGUUAAAAACACAUUAAGAACA